AUGAACUUGGAAGACCUGAGAUUAUCUCUAGCGCAACAACCUAAUGCAAGAAGUGUGCUGGAGACCAUUUGGGGGUGCCCAGAGAAUAUACAGAUGAGAGCUGUCGUUUGUUUGUGGCAAUGGUGGAAGCAGAUGAAUGAAGUGAGGGAAGGAGGUAAAGCCAGAGACCCAAUUGACUUGGCGUAUAUCAUUGAUAACCAGGGAGAGGAAUUCUUGAAGUUGAAUUGGAAAGAGGGGAAGUUGAAGGAGAGGAGAAUGGCAAAAUGGAGAAAACCCACCUCUGAUGUCCUGAACAUCAACUCGGAUGGGGCCUUCCACAGCAGCACCAAACAAGGCGGAUGGGGAUAUGUUAUUCGGGAUCAUCAUGGACGGGUGGUUCAGGCUGGAGCUGGCGGAGCUGAUAACAUGAUGGAUGCAUUCCAUUCUGAGAUUAUUGCUUGUGCAGCGGCUGUAGGGGCGGCAAGUGAAAGGGGGAUAAUGAAGGUAGAGUUUGAAAUAGGCUCGCUGCUGCUGAAGUCUACACUCCAGGAGAACUCUUUCAAUCUCUCUGUCAUGGGGGGUGUGAUUCUGGAGAUCAAGAAUGUCAUUUCUAGAAGAUUUAUUUCAUUCUUGGUUAAUUAUUGCCCCAGGGAAUGUAACAAGUAG